AUGGAUUCCUCCACUAAUAUAACAUCACGGUUAUGGAACCAGCAGGUUCAUGAACCUUCAAAGGUUCGAGUACAGAAUGUCGAUUCUUUGUAUCUCAUCUCAUAUUGUGAUCGGUUGACGCCGAUCAUGAGCAACUUUAACGUAUAUCUUUACAUCGAUAUCCCAACGAUUGAUUAUUAUAAUGAUGAGCUUAAGGAUAACAGGCUCUCUCGAAUAAACAAAAAGUUUAAGUUGCAUAGGCUGAGAGAUAAAAUUUUGAAGAGUAUAAUAGGUGAAAAUGAUGAACUUUGGACACUUUCAAGACAACUCGCAGGCGAUUUUGAUUUCCAUUUGGAAAUUUCUUCUAGUGGCUCAUUGAGAUACGUAGAGACAGUCAAGUUUUUGAUAGAGACUGUUUGGACGGAACUAAAAGAAACUCUUGGCGAAAGAUGUCAUAUCAAUUAUAAAAUAAAAGUCACUCCAACCUCUUUGAAAUGGUUUACCACUUUCCUUUCGAAAGAAAUGUUGCACUCUUGUUGCGUUGACUUUGAUCAAAUAGAAAAUUAUAAUAUGAUAUCCAAAUCAACCACCCCGUUUAAGGAAUAUUACCGCCGGUUAAACGACAAAUUUUCUCAUAAAGUGUCGCCGAUGAACUGUGAUUGUGUCAUUGUUGUUACGAAUAAUACGGGAGUUAAGGCGUUGUUAACAAUUUUGUCUGACAAGCCAUUGACGACAUACUUAUCUGAACAGUCAUUAGAGGCCUUAAAUAACACCUCUUUGAAGAACAAAAAAUCUUUGACGUCAUCAGAAACCUUUUCCCCAACUGACAGUGAAGAUGAUACUCCAUUGACCAGAAACUCAUCUUCGAUAUUAAGCUUCCAGAAUAGUAUACUUACCUCUAAUAAGGACAAAUCUGUACGAAUACGAUCAUUAUCCAUCAACAGAAAAUCUAAUAGAGCAACAAAAUUCCAGAGUUCGGAAACUAAUAAUCCUUUCUCUGGAAAUCAGGCUAGUUCAGAUGACGAGGCUGACGAUAAUGACGGUAAUGAUGAUGAUGAUGAUGAUGAUGAUGAUGAUGAUGAUGAUGAUGAUGAUGAUGAUGAUGAUGAUGAUGAUGAUGAAGAUGACGACGGAUUGAGUUUUUAUGCUCCAAGUAAGCUUUCAUCUUAUGCUUCUGAUAACGAAACACAGAACAAGGAUCCAUCGCAGGGUUCAGCCACCAGAAGAUUUAGAUCCAUCAGUUUAAUAGACUCUACUUUGGAAGCCCCCUUUACGGAACCGAGAGAAGAUGAGCCCCCAAGUCUAGAAAAUAUGGAGGAUGAAAUUUGUUCGCCAACGCAAAACUCUCUACGUAGCGAUAGAUACACUAAUAUCUAUGUUCAUGAUGGCCACUUCGAUGGUGAUGGGUCCGAUAAUAUUACAGCACCACAAAGAAGAAAGAUUGGAAAUUCAUCUUCAGCAAGUAACAUCUCACAUGGGUUAAUUCCACCUGUGUUCUAUUCUAGAAUAUCAUCCCCAUCCACAAGUAACAACAGCUCAAACUCCUCGUUGAACAAUUUAAGUUUAUUGCCUGGAACCUUUUCCAAGCUACUAGCUCCGAAAAUUGAAGCCCAAGGGCAAAAUAACUCCAGUAACAAUACAAGCAGUUCCUUGUUCGGUAAAGAUCUGAUCAACAAAUCAUUCGAAGAAGUAAGAAAGAAACCGAUUCUUCUGAAUCAUGAGCUACUUUCUGAUAAGUUCGGAUUAGCAUUGAGUUUCCAUCCCAACAAAAAAAUACCAUCUUUGGAAGCAGACGAAGAAGAUUUAUUAAUGUCUGGCUGUAUUUCAUCUCACGAGGAUGAAACAAUUGCAGGAACUUCUGAUGUCGAAUCAUCGAAUACCCUUAUAUCAGGCAAACUUCACCCUCUCAAAGAGCUCAACUCAACCUCGCAGAAUAAAUUAAAUAUACAAAUUUACGAAGAUUCAACACAGAACAGGUCAGGGUCGGAAAGUGUUUCUACAAUAGAAAUGGACCACACGCAGCAAGACAGAAGUAAUGAAGAACCAGGUUCCAAAAAGCCUACUUACAACAAACCUAAGUUCACUCUAGAUUUGUACGGUGAUGACGAUAUAAACAGUUCUGGUGGUUGGAUAUUAGGGGGUAAUGCAAGAUAA